AUGAGAGGUAGGCGCUUUGCACCGCGCGGGGCUGUCGCGCGCCAUCGACCGCGCGCAAAAAAGCCGCGCCGGGCAGAGAGUUCGUGGCGCGGAGCGGGCGGCGGAGGCGGCGUAAUUAGAAAUGUGCAUGUGGGCGAGCUGCGGGCUGCCAUCUGUCACGGGACCCGGGACGCUUCGCCCGGAAAGCGAAUCACGAAUCAAUUUCCCGGCUUCGUGUUUGCUUUUUACUCCGGGCAUCUCCGUCGGCGACUCGACUCGACGCGGCCACUCCGAACCCACGCCGUGAUUUCGGAGAGUUCAAGCGUCACCGCUAGGAGUCGUAGCGUAUGGCAUGAAUGGGAUGAGAUCGAAAUAAGAGGAGGGGCGGGGAGAGACGAAUUGGAGCGAAGCAAACUGCGAAGAAAUCUGAGAGUGGAAGCACCAUCUCUGAAAACGAAAGGUGAUGAAAACAGUGGUUUUGCCCGGCAAGGGCGGCGAGCAUCAGCGGCAGCAGGAUGGUUGGGGUGGCCGGGUGCGGCGGGGGCGACGGGGGCGACGGGGGCGGCGGCGAAAGCGCUCGCUCGGCGGAUCUCUAAUGGAUUCGGGCGCUCUCCUCGGGGAAGCCGGUCUGAGAGGCGGGCGGCGGCGGCGGCGGCGGCGGGGGAUUGCCCCUCGUCACGACACGCGCCGCGCCGAGCUGCUGCCCAUCGGCCGGCGCCUCGCGGCUCUGCCACGGCCAGGCCCACAGCGCCGGCGCCCGGGAACGCGAGGCUGCUUUGCAAACUCCUCGGCUUUCCUACUUUCUGCUAG